AUGCCUCGUCUUGUGCGCCGCAAGCCGCUUCUCGAGCGCCUCUCGGCGCUCUUGAACCCAAUGGAUUUUCUGCUCUGGCUAUCGGAAGAACUCGAGACUCGCGACUGGGACUCUGAAAAUGCCGGCACGCAGCUUGGAUUGGCACUGAAUUUUGUUUUUCUCCUCGCGCGCGCAAACUCGGGUUCAGCACCACCCGCAGAUGACGUUUUUGGUGGCGAAGACAAGUCACUCUGGCUCUCGCUGAUGGUCAAUUCUAUCAUCUGGGGCCUGGGUGCAUUUGCAAUCACCAACGGCGUGUACACUUUAACGCGCACUCGCAAGUAUAGGAUGUUUGCGGCCAACAUUGACGUGCAGCCUGGCACGCCGUCGGCUCGCAGAGUUCCGGUGCAAGGCUCACCAGCCACUUCUUCGCCGCUUCGACUCCUUGCCAACCUGAUUACACCUGACACAGCAGAGAGCAGGGCCCAUCCCGAUAAGAAGCGCGAUGUGUGGGAGCUCGCAGUAUGGGAUCCUUUGCCAAUCUCGCUACGCCUGUUUUGCUUGUUCGGGCCAGUACAUGUCUUGGUAUACGCCAUGUUCCUUCCUCUUGCCUCGUUGGACCCCCGACCCAGCGUUACUGUGUUCAACACAUUGGUCCUUCAAAUCAUCUUGUCUGCGCAGCUGCUGUUCUUCUUCUCCAAGUUUACGCAGCAAGGCAAAGAUAACUCUAUUAUUCAGAAAGAAGUUAUGCAUGAGUAUGACACCAAAUUCGUCCAUCCAUUAAUGCAUCCUAUUGUGCGCGAUGUCGGUGUCCAGGCAUCCAUCGACACUGGCUCAAGCACGGAGGACAUUGUCGAGACGGGCACGCCAACUACACUCAUUCGUCGCUCAUUCAAGACGCACGGGAACCCACAUAUUGACGAAGAGGAGUCUGUACCUCCUCGCCCGAGCGCCAUCAAGCCAAAUCUAUUCACACCAUCCGGUCCAUGCCUACGCCUGGCCGCUUACCCGCUGCUGCCUCGACGAACAAUUUAA